AGCGAACAGCGAAGAAGACGCGUAUUCUCGCGAGAUCUUUUUUUUAAUUUCGUGAAUUAGUUUUCAAACAUGGCUUCCGAAGCAGACGCGGGCGCUGCAGCUGUUAUUGAGGGAGACUCCGCGGAAAGAGAUGCAUCAUUAGGAGAUCUAACAGCAAGCAUGGAGUCAGGGUCCUCCAGUGGAAAAGACCCUACAGUGGGUGAAUGCGCUGAGGGUGCAGACACGCACACAGGCUCAGGAGAUGAGGAGAACGGACGACAGCUGGGUGAAGUAGAGCUACAGUGUGCGCUGUGCAUGAAGUGGUUCACAGCCGACACUUUCGGCAUCGAUACUGCAACCUGCCUUCCAUUCAUGACCAAUUAUGUGUUCCACUGCAAUGUGUGUCAUCACAGCGGAAAUACGUACUUCCUGAGAAAGCAAGCGAACCUGAAGGAGAUGUGCCUCACAGCCCUGGCUAAUCUGACAUGGAGGUCACGGACUCAGGAGGAGCAUCCAAAGACAAUGUUUUCCAAAGAUAAGGAUAUUAUUCCCUUCAUCGAUAAGUACUGGGAGUGUAUGACAACUCGUCAGAGACCAGGAAAGCUGACAUGGCCGAAUAAUAUAGUAAAGACCAUGAGUAAAGAGCGUGAUGUGUUCCUUGUGAAGGAACAUCCUGACCCAGGCAGUAAAGAUCCUGAAGAAGACUACCCCAAGUUUGGUCUGCUUGAUCAGGACUUGGCCAAUAUCGGACCAUCAUAUGACAGCCAAAAGCAAACGACUGCUGUUACAACGGGUGGCAGUCUAAAUGGUGGAUCGUCAUUUUCAGGUGGCCUUCCUCCACCUGGUACAGGCAAAGGCCGAGGCGCCAAACGCAAGCAGCAACAGCAGCAGGACGGAGCCACUGCAGGAACAGCUAAGAGAACACGCAGUGACCCUCUGUUUGCAGCACAGCGCCUGCCUCCUCACGGCUAUCCUCUUGAGCACCCGUUUAACAAAGAUGGCUAUCGCUACAUCCUGGCCGAGCCAGACCCACACGCGCCAGACCCAGAGAAGCUGGAGCUGGACUGCUGGGCGGGAAAGCCCAUCCCUGGAGACCUGUACCGAGCGUGUCUCUAUGAGAGAGUGCUGCUCGCCCUGCAUGAUCGAGCUCCCCAGCUAAAGAUCUCUGAUGAUCGCCUGACUGUGACUGGAGAGAAAGGCUACUCGAUGGUGCGAGCGUCUCACGGCAUACGAAAGGGGGCCUGGUACUUCGAGGUGACCGUAGAUGAGAUGCCCGCUGACACUGCUGCCCGCCUCGGCUGGUCCCAACCUUUAGGUAAUCUUCAGGCUCCGCUGGGCUACGAUAAGUUCAGCUAUUCGUGGCGCAGUAAAAAGGGCACCCGCUUCCAUCAGUCCAUUGGGAAACAUUAUUCUGAUGGUUACGGACAGGGAGACAUCCUGGGCUUCUUCAUCGAGCUGCCAGAUGCUACCGAGACUGCAAGGGCAUUGCCAGACACGUACAAAGACAAAGCACUGAUUAAAUUUAAAAGCUACCUCUACUUUGAGGAGAAGGAUUACGUGGACAAGGCAGAGAAGAGCUUAAAGGCAAUGAAUAAAAGUCGAAUGAUUUUUUACAAGAAUGGUGUGAAUCAGGGGGUGGCUUUUGAGAACCUGUUUGAAGGCAUGUAUUUCCCCGCCAUAUCGCUCUACAAAAAUUGUCAGGUAUCGGUUAAUUUUGGACCACAUUUCAAACACCCGCCAAAAGAUGUCAAGUUCCAGCCAAUGAGUGAUAUGGGAUGGGGUGCAGUGAUCGAACAUUCUCUAGCAGACAUCCUUUACCACGUGGAAACGGAGGUUGACGGCCGGCGCAGCCCUCCAUGGGAAGGUUAACCGCUGCUUUCUUCAGCUACACGCGUUAAAGGAAGCGCUUUUUAAAUCAUGAAGUCUAUGUACUGGAUCUAUAGCAUGUAGCUGAUUUACCACAGGCAAUUCUGAUGUGUUUUCUCGUACUAAGAAAAGACUGGAAAACUCAUUUCCCUUAAUCUUACUUAGAAUGGAAGCAGCUUUAAAAUAAGGCAAAUUUAUAAUGCGACUUGAAGAUCACGACUGUUAGAUGUUUACAGUAAAGGUUUUUAGGACAGACAUUAGACAGACACGAGACAAUGUCUAACCAUGGUUUUUUUUUUUUUUUCCCAGUGUCAACACUUUUGUAAAUAUCAGAGGUAAAGUUUUUUGACAGGGGAAAGUCUUCAGAACGGAGGGCUUCGCAGUUUCUCUGUAAUCUAACGAGCUUUUUUUUCAUUUGCUUUGUUAACUUGAAGCAGAGAAAAAAGAGAGACUGGUGAACAAACGAGUGAUUAUAGCUAUAAUGUUGCUGUAAUGUUUUGUGGAUGUCGCUCAACAUUAAACGUAAAACAAACGUUCGUUUUAGUUAAAAGUACAACGCUGUUCGUUUAUAAAUGAAAAUUGUUAGUCUGAUUGCUGUGGUAUAAAAGGACUGAAAACACUUCAGGAUGUGCUGUUAAUGGAAAAUAAUCAACUUUGCAACACUGGAGUGAUGCAGUAAAGCGCAAUUCUGGUUGCUUACGCUUUUUACGUGUGUAAGUCUGUAAUCCAUAAACACAAGUACUUUUCUUUGAUAAGAGUCCCGUCUGUAGAGGAUGAGUUGUACGAAUGUACAGCUUAAAUUACAGAUAACUUUAACUAAAGAAAUAAGCGACGUAUUCUACAUAAAUACUUGUUUAUUGACUCGCCCAUCAACUGUGCUUAGAUUAAAAUUAUGAAUAAGUUUUGAGUUAAUGGGUUUUGUGUUAUUUUUCUUAGUACAAUGAAACACGUCAGUUCUUGUCCAUGGUUAUUGCGCAUACACUAUAUGGCCAAAAGUUUACGGACACCUGACCAUCACAACCAUAUGUACGUCUUCUCCAAAAUGUUGCCACUAAGUUGGAAGCGCAGAGUUGUCUAGAAUGUUUUUGUAUGCUGUAGUAUUACAAUUUCCCUUCACUGGAACUAAGAGGCUGAAACCUGUUCCAGCAUGACAAUGCCCCUGUGCACAAAGCGAGCUCCAUGAAGACAAGGUUUGAGAAGGUUGGAGUGGAAGAACUCGAGUGUCCUGCACAGUUCCCUGACCUCAACCCCACUGAACACCUUUGGGAUGAACUGGAACUCCAUCUUUACCCCAGACCUCCUCACCCAACAUCAGUGCCUGAUCUCACUAAUGCUCUUGUAGCUGAAUGAACACAAAUUCCCACAGCCACGCUCAAAUUUAGUGGAAAGCCUUCCCAGAAGAGUGGAGAUUAUAAUAACAGCAAAGGGGGAAUAAAUCUGGAACGGGAUGUUCAGCAAGGACAUAUAGGUGUGAUGGUCAGGUGUCCACAAACUUUUGGCCAUAUAGUGUACCUUACAGAUGCUUUAGAUAGAAAUUUGGUUGAAAAACGCUAGAACAUUCCUUUAAUGUGAAGCCUAACACCUUACCUGUGGAGCUAAUACACUUCUAAACACCCAAAUCCCAACUUUACGUUGUCUCUAUUCCAUUUUCACUCGUAAGUGAAUCUGGUUGUUGUGCUAAGUACACAACACGUUUCAGAGAAAUUUAAGGCUCAGAGAAAUUUCUAGCAAGUGAGGCAUAUUUGGUCGUUUAUUACACUGAAUCUAUAUUGUCCAUGGUCGAGCCUAUGAGUUAGAAUACAAUGCUUACAUGUAUUAUCCAUUGUGUAUUAUUAUUAUCCAACAUGAAGAGAAAUUGUUGCAUCAAUACUGAGAGUUGCAGUAAACUACAGGACAUUUUGUGUGCCAUUGUUUUUUACUCAUCAUACAUAAACCAGUGAUAUGGAUGGAGAAUAGUUGGCUUUAUACCCGUCGACCACCAACAAAUUCUCUGUUGCAUAUCUGAUACCAGAAAUAACAGGCCAUAGAUUUAGUCCUUGUCUUUUCUUUGAGCCCCAUUUUCUUGUUUAUUUUAAUUCACCUAGGUGUAAAGUAUCAUUUAUUUUAUUGAUGUGUUUUCAUAUCCCUAAGCCUUGUUUUAUACUGAAGCUUGUUUUAAUAAAGAUAAAUAUUCUAAAAUA